AUGACCCGAACACAAGACGCCCCAGCAAAGCACGACCAGGCAACCGCCAGCCGGUACGACUUCGGCAGCAGGAUCAGCACGCUCUUCGCCGAAGAGCUCGUCCAGAAGUCCGGCAUAGCGCAGAGCCAGAAGCCUCUGCUUGUCUUCGACGAUGCUUGCGGAACCGGCGCGGUCUCUAGUACCCUGCACCGCACACUCGAUGACGAGACUACGCGCGGCUGGCAGUUGACCUGCGGCGAUGUUUCGGAGGCUAUGGUAGAGGUGAGCAAGCAGAAGAUGAACAAGGAAGGAUGGCGCAAUGCCGAGGUCAAGGUUGUGGACGCCCAAGACACGACGCUGCCAGAUGGACACUAUACGCACGUCUUCUCGGCUUUUGCGUUCAACCUCUUCCCAGACGACCGAGCCGCUAUGAAAGAAUCCUCCAACCCGGCGGCACACUCGCCAUCUCAGUAUGGUCCUCAAGUAAGCCUGCCCCCACCCUUCACCACCCUGUUCCCUGUUCCCUCCCUCCCUGACAAGCUUGCAGCCGUCUGGACCACCCUCAUCCAAUCCGCCAUCGCAAGCCUACCAGGUAACCUCCCCACCCCAAGCACAAAAGACCUCUUCUGCCUCUACAACAAGAACUGGGCCGACGAGGCCGGCGUGCGCGCCCAGUUCGAGCACGCCGGGUUCGCGGAUAUCAAGAUCACCACGGUGGGCAAGGCAUACCCCAUUCCCGUGGAAGACCUCGCCGAGGCGUGCAAGAUCAGUCUGCCGCAUGUCACGAGACGGUUCUGGACGGAGGAGCAGCGGGAAAAGUACGAGGAUGAGAUUCCAAAAGCUGUGCUGCGGAUUCUUGAGGAGAAGGUCGGGAAGAAUGGGGUUGCUUCUAUGGAGGCGGAGGCGAUUAUUGCCACGGCGCGGAAGCUGUGA